AAUAUAUUUUGUAUUUUUAGUAAAGACAGUAAACACACAAAAAAAAAGCACAAAGCAGGUAACACUGACAUCCAGCGGAAAUAGUGAGUAUGUGCACAUCUCAAACGUACUCCCUGCAGGCGUCAUAAUAUCAGCCCCAAUUAGCUAAGUCGUAAUAAAUUAAGCACUUUUUGAAAACAACAACAGCAAUGCCGAUACCACUACUGAUGAUCAUUUGAAUCUACCAAUUUAUCUUUAAAUAGGGCAGUUGUCGAGAAGAAAACACAACAAAACAAUGCCAUAAGCCGGAAAUGAACUACAACUCCCGGCAUGCACCUGCCGCUUACCAGAUGACAAGGCCGCAGCUGGGCGCCAGGGAACCCGGGAAGCCAAAAGAGCAACCAGCGUCAUCAAUUGUCCUCGUUCAUGAAAUUACCGGUGGAUCACGCUUGACAGUCCACUCGACAUGGCCACCCAACCAGAUGUGGCGCGUAUCGGCAGAAAACUUGACAAAAUGGUCCACAAGAACAACACGGAUGGUGCUUUGGAACUGCUGAGCGAAUUGAAGAACAUGACAAUGUCUCUGGAAACUCUGCAGUCCACCAGAGUUGGAAUGUCGGUGAAUGCUGUGAGGAAAAUAAGUUCAGAUCAGGAAGUACAGAAUCUGGCCAAAGUGCUCAUCAAGUCCUGGAAGAAAUUAAUAGCUGGCUCUAAGGGUAAGUCAGAAAAAAAGGAGAAGAAUGACACUUCUCCGGUGAGGACAUCUUCCACAUCCAAGGACUUGUGCAGCAGUGAGAAAAGGUGCAAGAUUAGAGCCAAGUCUCCUGUUGCCCUGUCCUCUCCGGUGACAUCCUUCCCAGCCAUUCCCCUCACCACAGACAAUGUUCGGAAUAAAUGUCGAGAGUUGCUGGUGGCGGCGCUGCAAACUGCUGAUGACUACAAGACCUUUGGAGUCGACUGUAGCCUCCUUGCGGCACAAAUUGAGGAACAGAUCUUUGAGAAUUUCAAGUCGACGGACAUAAAGUACAAAGCGCGUCUACGGAGUCGAAUCUCCAACCUCAAGGACCAGAAGAACCCGGACCUGCGGCGGAACGUCCUGUGUGGGAACAUCUCCGCUCAGCGGAUCGCCUCCAUGACUUCUGAGGAGAUGGCGAGUGCAGAGCUGAAGAAGAUCAGAGAGACUCUGACCAAAGAGUCCAUUCGAGAGCAUCAGCUGUCCAAAGUGGGCGGGAACAAGACUGACAUGUUUGUGUGCAAAAAGUGUCAGGGGAGGGACUGCACGUACACACAGGUGCAAACUCGCAGUGCUGACGAGCCAAUGACCACCUUCGUAUUGUGUAACGAAUGUGGCAACCGAUGGAAGUUCUUCUGAGGAGUGCUGUUUUACUGUGCCACCGUGACGUAAAAACAAGCUGAAUUUUGGUUUGAAGGUUAGCUUUGUUUUGUAACAUUUCUAAAAAAAAAUGCAUAUACAAAUAUGCAUAAUAUAUUUAAGAAAGUAAUGAUGGGGAUAUUGGGAGGAAAAACGACAAGUUUGUAUCUGUUGGUGUUAUUUUGAAAAAAUAUUAAGUAGCACAAUGAUGAACAUAAUAUUUCCUCCAGGUGUUAAGCUAUGAAGGCUUUGUGGACUGAAUGUGUUCUUGUUUUGCACACAAUGUUGUGCCCAAUAAAGUUGCUCUUGAAUCAUUGCAAA